UUAUCACUUUUUGAUAUUUUUGUGGGAGAUUUUCUGUGUUUACUGAGUUAUUUGUGAUUUAAUUUGUGUUUAAAAUGCCGUCCCGUUUUAGUGAAAACGAACAACGGCUCAUAUUAAAAGUUAUCCAGUAUUUCAAACUCGAAAAAAUGCUGGAAAACCCCUUUUGCCUGUGUCGGCUGUUUACGAUAGAGCAUCGGAGGCUUUAGGAAUUUCACGCACGACUGUGCAAAGAAUCAGUUCUAGAGGAAUCGUGAAAGAUGAAGAACAAAAAGCAGCAACAAGUCACAGAAUUGCUUUGUCCCGUGGAAUUCCUGCUUAUAAGAUACAUGAACAUACAAUUAGAACACGUAUUUAUUCAAUGUAUGCUGCAGGGGAACAUAUUACAUUACAAACUUUGCAAGCAAACCUUCAAAACAUUGAUGAUGUUCAGUUGUCUCUGACUAUGUUGGGGAAAGGACUUAAAUAUUUGCAGUUUAGAUGGCAAAGUUGCAAGCAUUCUAACAGGAAGUAUUUAAUGGAGCAGCCAUAUAUUGCACAGAAGAGACUGCAAUUUUUACGACAAUAUAAAGAAAAUCAAAUCUCUGAUUGUUCUUUCAGACCAGUAUUUCUUGAUGAAACCUGGAUUUACAGUAAGGGUGGAUUUAGAAAGAGCUGGCAAGAUGGCAGUCUACAAACAGUUCGUAAAACAUCUGGAGAAGGAGUAAGGUAUAUUGUAUUGCAUGCUGGGUCAGAAGAUGGAUUUGUGGAGAAUGCUAGCUUAGUUUUCAAAUCAGGCACUAAAUCGGGUGAUUACCAUGAUUCAAUGAACUCGGCAAAUUUUGAAAAGUGGUUUGAAGAACAAUUAAUUCCAAAUUUAGAUGAACCAUCUCUGAUUAUAAUGGAUAAUGCUCCAUACCACAGUACCCUUUUCGAGAGAACUCCAAAUCAGAGUUGGAGUAAGGAAUCCCUGAUUAAUUUCUUGCAAGAAAAGGGAAUCCAAUCACCACCUCUGGCAAUGAAAGAUCAGGUUUGGAAUAUUGUCAAGCAGAAUGUUGCACCUAAGAAAUACAAACUGGACGAAUUAGCCAAUGAGAAAGGACAUCGUGUGUUGAGACUUCCUCCAUAUCAUUGUCAGUACAAUCCCAUCGAAAUGGUAUGGUCAGAAUGCAAGCGCUACUAUGAUGCCAAGAUUAGUGCCAUUCAUCCUGUUACAAGUGAUGCAGUAUUAGGUCUUUGGAAAGAAGCACUUGAGAAGGUUACACCAGAGAAAUGGAAGAAUUAUAUCAGACAUACCAAUAGCAUAAUCGAUAAAGCCUGGGCCCAAGAACAACUGAUUGAUGCCUCCGAUAUUCUACCUGUAAUUAUCGACACGAAUGAUUCCGAUUCAGAUGAGGACAAUUAUUUAACUGAGGGAGAAGAAAGUGUGUAGUGUUUAGUGUCUAGUAUUAUUUUUCAUACAUAUUGUUUUAUGUUGUACAGUGUGAGUCAGUGACAGAGUAAAGAGUAAAUUUAAUUAGUAAAUUAAUUUUAAAUAUAGAGGGGACUCCAAAAAGUGAGGCAGAUAUAUAUUAUAAAUAAUGUUAUAUACCUAGAACUAAUAGUUUUCUUAAUAUUUAUUUAAAAAAAUGUGUUAUGCCAGCACCGACAUGGUAGUGGCAUUGUGUAAAAACUUUUCUAUGCUAAUCACUGGUAUGAAAGUAUUUACAUAUUGCCACUACCAUGCCAGUGCUGGCAUACCAGUUAAAUUGGCGAUAGCUACAGUAUAUAAUAAAUCAACAAUCAAUCUUUAUAUACAAAGGUUAUAGAAUUUUGGGCAGAAUCUAAAUAUAAAAUAAAAAAUUAUUGUAUUGGGUGUUACAUUAAAAAAAUAUUAUAUCUGCCACACUUUUUGGAGUCCCCUCUUAUUUAAAAUUAAUUUUAAAUUGUGUACCUGAUAGCACAGGAUCAGGUUGCAGGAUUAUUAAGCUCAUAAUGUAAUUAAAAUAUAAUUUUUAUAUAUAUUUGUGAAUAGGGUAAUACACUUUUAACGGGAUGCCAAUCAAAAAAUGGCCACAAAUAGGGGUUGCCACAGUUCGAAGUCGUUCCUACUACUUUAUCCGGGUCUGGCAACAGUGAGUCAGGCAUCUGUUGCUCCUAUAAUAAAAAAAAUUGUAUGAAUGCAAACUGAAAGUAUGUAUUAGGAAGUAUUUCAUGAAAAUAUUUUAACUUCUACAGGGUGGGUCAAAAAAGUA